AUGGAGGGAAGAGAGGAUACAGUGGAGGGAAAAGAAGAUAGAAUGGAGGUGGAGGUUGAAAAGGUGGAAGCAAGGGAGGAGGAGCGGAAUGAUGAAGUGAUGGAAGAAAACAACAAUCAAGACGAGGAGAUGCAAGAUACUGAGUUGAGAUCCGAGAGUUCUGUUUCUGUUUCGGAUGAAGAGGAAGAAGGAUUGCGGUCUGGGAAUGAUGAUGAGUUGGAUCUUGAGAAGCCUCUGAGCGAGGAAGAAGUAGACGAGUUGAUUUCAGAUCUUUUGGGAGUCGAGAGCAAGGCUGCGGAAGCUCAGGAAGCACUUGAAAAGGAGUCUCUUUCUAGAGUAGAGAGUGAAGUUAGGGAGGAAUUAGCACAGACGCUUCAUGGCGAUGAGCUGGAUAAAGCUGUGGAAGCUGAAAUGAUGACAUUUAAAGAUGAAUGGGAGGCAACUCUUGAUGAGCUUGAAACCGAAAGUGCAAACUUGUUGGAGCAACUUGAUGGUGCUGGAAUUGAACUUCCAAAAUUGUACGAAAUGAUCGAAAGUCAAGCCCCUAAUGGUUGCUAUACUGAAGCUUGGAAAAAGAGAGCCCACUGGGUUGGGACUCAGGUGACAAAAGAAACUGGGGAGUCAUUGGCUAACGCAGAGACUUUUCUUCUCACCCACCGGCCUGUCCGAAAACGACAUGGAAAACUUUUGGAGGAGGGAGCUAGUGGGUUUCUGGAGAAAAAGUUUGCUGACGAUGCUGUUAAAGAGAGUCUAACUGGAACAUCUGAGCUUGACUGGUCGUCUCUCAACAAAGUUUUUUCGGAGAAAAGAGAUGAGGCUAUUUCCUUCGGUAGUAAGCAUUGGGCUUCUGUUUACUUGGCAAGCACUCCACAACAAGCUGCAGCCAUGGGAUUAGAAUUUCCAGGAGUUAAUGAGGUGGAGGAAAUUGAAGAGAUAGAUGAAAGUUUGGCAGACCCUUUUUUCGCCGAUGCAAUAGAAAACGAAAGAGAACUUGCCCUCACUGAAGAACAAAAGAAAAACUAUAUAAGGAGUUCUGCAAUGAAAUAUGUCAAAGAAGAGGAUGAUAUAAAUACCGAUCGUGAACUUCAACUUCGUUUGAAACGGAAGAGACGCAAGAAAAGAUCUAAACAGGUUAUCAGGCACACGGCAGAGGAUAGGGAUGAUGAUUCGGCGUAUUUGCAUGGGAAUUCAAUUGCCCCAAACUCUGCUGAAGAUCAAGUAAAAUGUCCGGAGAAUAGCACUGAGUUUCAAAAUAAUGAAGUUAACAAAGAGGAAAACGGGAAUUUGUCUAAUUCAGAUGCAGAUAAGAUGGUCCCCGUUGCAGAUCUUGAUGUAGAUACCAUGAGAGAUGAUUUGCAGAAUCCAGCAAGCAAAUUUAGGUGUACUGCCUGUAAUAACGUAACUGUGGAAGUGCACAGUCAUCCCCUUCUAGAUGUAAUAGUUUGCAUGGAUUGCAAACGUUUAAUUGAAGAUAGAGUUGCUACGAGGAAUAUUGGUGAAGAAUCCUUGUCUGAAGCUCAAUCCUCUGGUUGGGAUUGUUGCUGUUGCGCUCCCAUUCCCUUACGAAGAUUGACACUGGAACUAGAGAAAGCCAUGGGAGAUAAGAAGUCAACGGAGUCUAGCUCUGAUUCCAGCUCGGAUUCUAGCUCUGAUAAUAAUUCUGUUGAUACAGAUGCUGAUGUCAAUGUAGCAGCAAGCUCAAAGAAGAAACUGAAAAAGAAAAUCCGGCGGAUUAUUGAUGAUGCUGAACUAGGGAAGGAUACGAGAAGCAAAAUAGCAAUUGAGAAGAAACGACAGGAGCGCCUUAGGUCCUUGCAGUUUUCUGCCAGAUACAAAACAAUUAGCUCUAUGGGAGACGUGAAAAUUCCAGAAGGUGCAGAAGCUGAGGGAGAUUGGUGA